AUGCGGCAUCCGACCGCGGUGCGCGAGUCGGUAGCAAAGAUAGUUGCGGACAAAUACAAGCCCGCGACCGAUGACCCCAUGUGUGUCGAGCUUCUCCCUUCGGAGCCGGUAAAAACAAUCAAGGACAAUAUACCGCCGCCAGGCUACGUUGAGCAGCGAAGACCGACUGUGCUGAGCACGCUGCGAGUGUACCGCCAGCUAUCCAAAUUAAGACUGACAUUUCUUGUUGUACUCACGGGUAUGAUGGGAUACGUUCUUUGUCCUGCAUCAUGUGCGGCAGCAACGACGAUCCCUCCCGUCGUACGGCUGCUGGCACUCGCCAGCGGGAUUGCACUCUGUUCCACCUCGGCAAACACACUUAAUCAAAUUUUCGAGGCACCGUAUGAUGCACAGAUGGCGCGAACCAAGGCGCGGCCAUUGCCGCGGCGGGCCGUAUCGCCGGGGCACGCUUACGGCUUUGCACUUGCCAGCGGUCUUAGCGGCGUCACAAUCCUCGUAACGCUAAUCAAUCCACUCACUGCGGCGCUGGGUGCACUCAAUAUCGUGCUCUACUCUUUUAUGUACACGCCUAUGAAACGCCUCAGUAUUGCGAAUACGUGGGUCGGCGCGCUGGUUGGUGCGUUGCCGCCCCUCAUGGGCUGGGCUUCAUGUACAGGGACGUUGAGCAAUCCAGCCGAUGCUUCAGCGUGGGUGCUUGCAGGGAUCUUGUUUGCUUGGCAAUUCCCGCAUUUUAAUGCACUCUCGUACGUGACUGGAAACGAGUAUGCUCGCGGUGGGUACCGGAUGAUGGCCGUAACGAAUCCGGCGCUGAACCGGCGCGUUGCACUACGCUACGCAAUCGCGCUCAUCCCACUUUGCUCUGUUGCUCUGCCUUUGACACAGACAGUACAGCCAAUGUUGUACGCGACACUAAGCCUGAUUCCCAACUUACUGUUCACCUACUACACGGCGCGAUUUUGGCGCAUCCCAAAUGAAAAGACGGCGCGUGCGUGCUUCUGGUUUAGUCUUGUGCAUUUGCCUGCAGUAAUGCUGCUUGCGAUGUCUUGUAAAUACGAGUUGUGGCAGGACUGGUUCACGGAACGGUAUAUAGCGUAG